GGCCCCGCCAACAAAACCCCCCCAUCACCUCCUCAUCCCAAAGCAGCUUAGCUUAACCAACUUGGCUCAGCUGGUUGAUCGCUCUGUCCGCUUCAACUUCAUCGCAGCGAGGCGCGCGCUCUCCUUGGCUUCGUCCCAUUGCUGCUGUACGUAUUCGAUCGAGAUUGUGGGGAUGGACAAGCUGAGCGUGCACCACGGGCAGCACAACGGCAUCUCCAAGCCGCCGGUGCACCACCACGGCAAGGGCGGCGGGAAGGGCAAGGGUGGCGGCAAGGGGAUCAAGGUCGUCUACAUCUCCAGCCCCAUGAUGCUCACCGCCAGCGCCGAGGAGUUCCGCGCCGUCGUGCAGGAGCUCACGGGCCGCGACUCCAACGUGGCCGACCACGACGCCCCGGGCGUCUCGUCCUACUACUCGUCGUCGUCCUCAUCCUCCUACUCCUCGUUCGGGCGCGCCUCUCCGACGGCGGGGGCUACGGCCGCUGCGGGCGCCCGGGCUUUGCCUCCGGCGAUGGCGUCCACGGCGGACUACGCGACCGGCGCCGGAGCCAUGCCUCCGCCGUUCCAGAGCAUGUAUGAUCAAACGGGAGGCGCCGGCCUGCUUUACGGCCAAGACUACUGGUAGGAUCGGAGAUCGGUCACCUCGUGGCGGUCGACGGUUCGGCAUGCCGUGUGAAUUUGCUGUCUACAGUCAUGCUUCAUGUUUCUUCGAUUUUCGAUCGACUUGUACUGGAGAUGGUAAUGUCAUGUUGAUACGAGAGCUUAGUACAUAUUUUCGUUUACUUGUCUUUUGCCCUUGUUGUUCGAGAUCUUCUCCCACCGUCAUGGCAGCAUCACCUUUCAUCUAUGCUCGUAUAUGUUUGGAAUCAAGCUA